AUGUCAGCCCAAGCCAAGCCAUUGAACAUCCUCAUCGUGGGUGCAGGUAUUGCAGGUUUUUCAACCGCGAUCUCAUGUCGUCGAGCCGGUCAUAAUGUUCAGUUAUUCGAACGCUCGGCACUCAAUCAUGAGCUUGGAGCAGCUAUUCAUGUUUGCCCAAACGCCUCACGAGGACUACUAGCAUGGGGUAUGGAUCCUGUGAGAGCACGGUUCGUAACGUGCAAGAAGAGCUACAGGGCUCAUGGAAAGACUCUGGAGAAGUUCCAUGAGGCGGACGAUAGCUAUAUCACGGAAAAGUUUGGGUCUCCGUGGUACUUUGCUCAUCGUGUCGAUCUCCACGAGGAAUUGAAACUGUUAGCUACGCAGCAGGAAGGAGAGGGGAGGCCUGCAGUAGUUCAUUUGAGAUCUGAAGUAGUGAAAUAUGACACCGAGGCAGGUACUGUAUACCUUGCCAAUGGCAAAACCUUCACUGGAGAUUUGAUAAUCGCUGCGGAUGGUGUCCAUACAGGAGCUGUUGAAGCCAUCCUCGGAAGCCGGAAUCGUGCAUGGCCAACCACCAACUACAACUUCGCAUAUCGCUUUCUCAUUCCCACUGCAGAGCUCACCGCAGACCCAGAAACAGUUCAGUUCACUGAAGAUGACGAUGGAAGGAUGAAGUUCGUCGUUGAGGAAGGUCGCCGUUUAGUCUGGUACCCCUGCCGGAACAACGAGAUACACAACUUCGUUUGCAUCUUCUACAGUGACUCGCAGAAUUACCACGAGGGAUGGGAUACACAUGUCGAUCCCACAGCUGUUCUCGACACAUACGCAGGCUUCCACCCAUCUGUGAUGGCUGUUUUGAAGAAAGCCAAGGAUGUCAAGCAAUGGCCACUGCUGUUCCGAGCUCCAAUAUCAUCUUGGCACAAAGGCAAACUCGUCGUCGUCGGAGAUGCAGCUCAUCCCAUGCUUCCACAUCAAGGUCAAGGUGGAGCUCAAGCAAUCGAGGACUCUGUUGCAUUGGGAAUCGCUCUAAGUGGAUGUACACCUGAGACCCUGGAAAGCCGAUUGAAGAUAUUUGAGGAAAUAAGGAUGAAUAGAGCAAGCGUGAUGCAGAUCUUCUCGAAUGCUGGGCAAGAUGAGCCAGAUCGUAUUAGAGCAGAGGCUGCGAAGUUUAUUCCGGCGGAUACGGUUCCCAAAAAUCCAGAAGAGUUCUUCAAGUAUAAUUUCGGGUACGAUAUUGUGAGGGACAGUACGCAAGCAGUGCAGAGAGCGGAUGCGAGUUGGAAGCUCCCUGAGAAGUUCUUCGAGAACACACCAGGGGCAGGUGUGUAUCCUUAG